UUUUUAUUUUUAUAUUUUAUUUUAUUUAUUUAUUAAAGAUUUCUGCCUCCUCCCCACCACGACCUCCCAUUUCCCUUCCCCUCCCCUAAUCAAGUCCCCCUCCCUCAUCAGCCCGAAGAGCAGUCAGGGUUCCCUGCCCUUUGGGAAGUCCAAGGACCUCCCACCUCUUCGAAGAUGACUUUCACUACUGUGGAUGUUCCGGAAGCAGAGCCAGAGGAGCAAAAAACCGAAGAAAACCCGCCAAAAUCUCGGCUUGGUUCGUUUUUUGAGAUGGUCAAAACUAUGUUUUUUGUGAAAAUGUCCUGCACCUGUAAUGGGAACAACUGGAGGCAAUGGAUCGGACCCCUGCUUGUGUUUAUUUACUUUAUUUUCAUCCUUGUUUCCCUCGGUGUUUGGCAACUUCAAAAACUAAAGGCUGGAAUGCACAUACAACUAUGGCUUAUUGCUGCUGUUUUUAUGCUGUUGACAAUCCCUGUGUCCUUCUGGGAGAUUGUGCAGCACUUAGUGCAUUUCACACAACCAGAACUCCAGAAGCCCAUUAUAAGGAUUCUGUGGAUGGUUCCAUUAUACAGUUUUUGUAGUUGGCUAUCUUUGAAAUAUCCUAAAAUCUUCAUCUAUAUGGAUACCUGCAAGGACUGGUACGAAGCUUUCGUUAUUUAUAACUUUAUGAUGUUACUCAGGAACUACCUACAAAUACAAUUCCCCGAUGUGAUGUUCCACCUGGAAACUAAAGGUCAGCAACAGCAUCACCCCACUCUGUGCUACUAUUCACCAUGGCCUAUGGGAGAAAUGCGGUAUUAUUGGUACCGAUUUGGAGUGUUGCAGUACCUUGUGGUCAGAUCAGUCACCACUAUGACAACAUUGGUAUGUGAAAAUAUUGGUAUACUUCAUGAAAUGACCUUUAAUGUCUACAACUCAUGGACUUACUUAUGUAUUUUAAACAACAUUUCACAGCUGUUUGCCUUGUCCUCCCUCUGGCUGUUUUAUAGAAUGCUGAAAGAAGAGUUCAGACCUCUAAAACCUGUUUUCAAAUUUCUUUGUUUCAAAAUUGUAAUCUGUCUCACAUUCUGGCAAGCAGUACUAAUGAGUGUAUUGCUAAAAUCUGGCAUAAUUUCAAAGAUACAUGUGAUGGAAGGGCAACGUCCUGAAGCUGUGGCCACAGGCCUGCAGGAUGUCCUCAUCUGCAUCGAAAUGCUUUUCAUGGCGAUUGGAAAUCAUUAUAUAUUUUCAUAUAAGCCAUAUAUAAAAGAAGGAGAGGAAGGCUCAUGCUUCGACUCCUUCGUAGCAAUGUUUGAUGUGUCUGAUAUCAACCAUCACAUUGCCGAGGACAUGAGAUAUUUAAAAAGAAUAACACAGUGUUCUCCAAAAAAAGAUCCAGUACUCGAAACCCAGAGCAUACUCAACACCCUAGUCGUCUUAUCUCAUGACCACCAAAUGAAGGUUCUCCAAGCACAAAGACAAUCUUACGCCAGCGCGAGUAUCGGGACUUUGGACAAGAAUAUUCCUCAUAAUGCAGCCGUUGCAUUCCAUCAGGGUGAACAUACAAAAAUAGACAUACCAGAACACGAGGGCCCUCCUGACAGUUCAGGGUAUGUGAAAAUAUUGGUGUCCACAGUGAAAGACCUUUAAUGUCUUCAACGCAUGGACUUAUGUAUUUUAAAUAACAUUUCACGAGUGGAUGUCCUCAUCUGCAUCGAAAUGCUUUUCAUGGCGAUUGGAAAUCAUUAUUUGUUUUCAUAUAAGCCGUAUAUAAAAGAAGGAGAGGAAGGCUCAUGCUUCGACUCCUUCGUAGCAAUGUUUGAUGUGUCUGAUAUCAAGUAUCACAUUGCCGAGGACAUGAGAUAUUUCGAAAGAACAAUGCGAGGCUCCCAAAAAAGUUGUUUUCCCGAAGACCCAGAGCAUACUGAACACACAAGUCUUCCUUCCUCCUCACCACAUGAGGAAUGUUCUCCAGAUUUAAAGGUAUCUUCAUGCCAUGGCGAAUAUCAGGGCUUUGGACACACAAUUACUCCCCAGAAUGCUGGUGUUGCAUUCCAUCUGGGUGAAGUCGUCAGGAUUGAUAUUCCAGAAGAGUAGGCCUUCCUGACGAUGCAGGCCAAUAUCUAGACUUUGUAGAACAGUGUUUUCACAGGACAAGCUCUCUGCAGACCAGAUGUCUGAAGAAGCCAUAAAUGACAUCACAGACAAGGAGAAGAAGCUCCUUGACACAGCAGACUCCUUGAGAGGAUCCACAGCUCAGAAUGUUCAAAAUUUCAUAUACGCAAACCCAGAUAUGACUACUAUAUAAUACCAUUACAUACAUGUUAGUAUAUAUAUUUGUAUAUAUUUUAUAUAUCACAAAUAACACUUAAAUUUCCUAGGCUUUGGCUUUCUUAAACUCUUAGGGUUUCAUAUAUUCACACAUUAGGAACAAUUUCAGCUGAGUGCUUUUGCAUUUUUCAAGAGGAUGGACAUUUGAAGAUAAAAAAAUAAAAUCAGUGCUUCUUACCACUGCAUGAAUGUAAUGCUCUGGACUGAAAAUGUAAAUAUAAAAUUCAGAUUAUAUUAAUUUAAUCAUAAUCAUGUUCCAUUUAAGUUUACAUAAUUAUACUUCAAUUACAUGUCCUUCAAUA